AUGCCGGAGUCGACCUGUGUGAGAGAUGUGCAGAAGCUCAUAGGGAGGGUGGUAGCGCUCAACCGAUUUAUGUCAAAGUCUGCAGAGCGGUGCCUGCCAUUCCAUAAGCGUUGUACUAGUGAGAGAAGAAGGAGGAGAGCAAAAGUCAAUCUUCUAUGGAGUUGUGAUGACAGAUCAGCUUUAAAGAAAAUUCUUCACAGACUAGAAACAUCAGGUUGGAUGCUCGCCUGGUCUGUCGAAAUCAACCCGUACUGCCUUGAAUAUCGCCCUCGGACGGCCGUCAAAGCUCAGGCCCUUGCCAACUUCAUAGCCGAAUGCUUCUUCAAUGAGGAACAACAAGAGCAAAGUAAAGAGUCGUCGAGCUCAGCUGAAGGAAGGGAUGGAGGUCAGCCACCACGAGAGUUCAACUGGAAAUUAUUUAUGGAUGGGGCAUCCAAUGCUGGGGGCAGUGGAGCUAGAAUACUGUUGAAAGGACCAGAAGGAUUGAAGGUCUGCUACGCCCUGCGCCCGGAGUUCAUAGCCUCCAAUAACAUGGCAGAGUAUGAAACCCUCAUAAACGGGAUGCUAAUGGCAUCAGAAGUAGGGGCAACCGACCUCAAAAUAAGCAGUGACUCUCAGCUGGUGAUCAAUCAAAUAACGAGGGCAUACCAAGCAAGGGAUCCCAUCAUGCAAAAAUACUUGGCCAAGGUACGAGCUGUAGAAGUUGAGCUCAGCAAACAAGGAAUUGCUGUGCAAUAUCAAAUGAUACCUAGAGAGGAAAACGAAGAAGUAGACCUGCUGAGCUGGUUAUCUGAGGAAGAACUAGAACAGCUCCCAGAUGAAGUGUACAUACAACACAUCAGCACCCUCACCUUUGAAAAACCCACCAUAGUAAUGCAAAUCGAAGAAGAGCAGAAUUAG